AUGUCGAAUAAAGAUGAUUUUCGCCGGCAUCGUAAACGUCCAAUACAAAAUGUACAUCGAUUGUUUUUUAAAGGGAGUGCAUGGGCCAUUUACGCAAUCGCCAGCGGAUUCCAUUUCUUCAAGCUACAUUACAACGAGCAAACCAACCAAAUGGAGGAGGCUCAAUACCAUCGAGUAUGGUCGAAGGUUGUAAUUGCCAUGAAGAUAUUUCUUCUGGCCAGCCAAUAUCUACUAUACUUUGUACUCGGAGUGGCUAUCUACAUCCACAUAAGGCUAGUACAUGGUAGCAUAGCCCAGGACUUUGUGAUGAGUGUUCUUGUGCAGGGAAUAGCCAUUAAUGUGCUACGUCGACUGGUGAUCUUUCUGCAUCAGAAAAGCGAUCGGGGGUUUUUAAAACACACUGUUAACGAGAUCCUACAAAUUACCAGCGUGAUCGAGCAAAAGAUCGGUAUUAUAUACAAGUGUGAUCCUAUAUUACUGGGUGUAUAUUUGCUCAAACUGUGGAUACUCUACAUAAUGCUGGAUUCCCUCUGGAACAAGUCCUACUUCCUGAUGCUGAACUUUCUCUACUGGGUACUGCUAGAGUACUGCUUUGCUGGAUUUUUCAUUUAUCAAUUGAUCCUGCUUAGCUGGUACCACACCAUUAUCCUGUUCCUGAAGCGCUUCAUCGAGGAUAACGAGUUUCGGCAGCACAUUGAGGAUCGGUACCAUCGACGUUUGUUUCUGCUUUUUGAGCUACACCUCCGAAUAAAUAAUCUGCACAAAUGCGUUAAGGACAAUCUAAGCUGGCUGUCGACCUCUAUUUACUUACUGAUCUUCACUUGCAUAUUUAAUAUGGAACUGCUGAUUGAGUGCAGUCUGUUUGCCGAGGACGAGUUAGAGAACAAGAUCUAUAUCAUUGCGGAUGGCUGCUUGGGGCCAGUGUUCAUUCCGAUCCUAAAUGUGCUAAUACUUGGGAUGUGCACUGACCGAUUCCGAGAUUCGGAAUUACACCUGCAGCAGCUCAUCGUAAUCGUUCAAGGGCUGUACAUGCGGAAAGUAAGACCAAGUCUUUUGACCGUAAUGGUUCUUGACAACGAGCACACCUCUUUAAUACUUCACCAAAAAUUGGAACCGCUACAGAACAUGAUUAUUUUGGAUAUCACCUGCGACCGUCAGUUCGCCAAGGAUUAUAUUCUCACGGCGAUCUUAACUGCAUUGUCUCUUGUACAGUACACUAUAUCAUGUGGACAACCUAUUGACGAGUGUUUGACACAUAAGUAG